GAAGGGCUGGGCCGAGGUGCCGCGGGGUUGCUGGAGGGUCGUGGGAGGCACGUCGGAGACAUGUCGGGGGGCAGCAGCUGCAGCCAGACUCCCAGCCGGGCCAUCCCCACUCGCCGCGUAGCCCUCGGCGAUGGCGUGCAGCUCCCGCCCGGGGACUACAGCACCACCCCGGGCGGCACGCUCUUCAGCACCACCCCGGGAGGAACCAGGAUCAUCUAUGACCGGAAGUUCCUGAUGGAGUGUCGGAACUCACCUGUGGCCAAAACACCCCCGAAGGACCUGCCAGCCAUUCCUGGGGUCACUAGCCCGACCAGCGAUGAGCCUCCCAUGCAAGUCAGCCAGAGCCACCUGCACAGCCCGGAAGAAAAGCGGGCAGGCGGUGAAGAGUCACAGUUUGAGAUGGACAUUUAAGGGACCAGCCAUAGGACGGAGUGAUGCCUCUGGGCCCCUGAGGCCCUUGGAAGGAGAGCCACAGCAGUCAGGCCUUAACACCAGGCAGAUGUUGGGUGUGGGCGACCCAGCCCUGCUCCUAGCUCGGCCCCUGCUCCGCCUUCCAUUUUGUGAACACCAGCACAUACCUCCUUGUGCCUCUGAUGAUAUUGAGCUGCUACUCCAGGGGGAUGAUUCUUGUCCACACCCUGCAUCCGGUGCCAGGAAGUGGACACAGAGGAACCUGUCAGGAUGAUCGUUUGGCAAUUCCAGCCCCAGCCUCUGGAGCACACCCACCCUUUCCUUGGGCUGGGGUACCUGGGAAAGCUACCCUUUUUACUUCUUUCCCUGAGAGGAAAUAAAAGCCACCUUUACCCUAGGCCCAAGGUUGGGCCCUGUCUGAACUGUUUUCAACUUGAAGCGAUAACACAGUUACUCUCUGUUCCAUGCUUGCGGUGAACUUUUCUUUGCGUUAUCUCUUGUGCUUAUCAAACUCCAGCUCUCUAGGUAAGCAGGGCAGCCUUACUGUUUACUGCUGAGAAGUCUGGAUGGAGAUAAAGUCGUUCUCUGUGGGACUGGGCUAGAACCCUGCUACUCUGUGAUUCUUGUUUUUAGCAGCAAGUAUUAUUACCUUUGUCCAGCUAGGUGGUCACCUUUCCCCUUGCGCCUGCGCCACUGGGGGAGCCUUUGAUCCACGGGCACCUCGUACUGUCAAUCAAUCAUCUGUUUGUAUGUGCUCCCGCUGGGGCAUGCAGAAGAGAUAAUCUCUCUGCCUUACGGAUUUUACUGAAGUAUACCAUGUACCUAUUAAAAAAGGUAGCCUGA